GUCUGGUUUCAAACAUGUCUAGCAAAGUCACUUGAGUCGAAUAGAAGCAUUUAUAGGAUGCAGUUCUUAUAUGCGAUUGUUAUGAUUUUGGUUUUGGACGCAAAUGCAAAGAUAAUUGACACGAGCGAGCAUGUUGAAAAGCUAUCAGAAGCCAACAUUGAAUUCACGUUGAAUUUGUACAAGAAUCUGAUUGAGGGUGAUCCGAUGAAAAACGUCAUGUUCUCGCCCGUCAGUAUUACAACAGCACUGGCGAUAGCGCAUUUAGGAGCGAAAGGCAACACAGCAAAACAGAUAGACGACGCUUUUAUGUUCAGUAAAAUCGAAGACGGCAGAUUUCACUCUGCUUUCGGUGAACUGCACGGAUUGCUUUUUGAUAAGGCCUCUGAGAAAGUCACAGCCAAAUCCUCAAAUCGCGUGUUCGCCGACAAGCAUAUAACAGUCUUUGAAGAUUACCAGGACUCACUGUCCGUUUACAGUGCAACAGUCGAAAGUGUUGAUUUCAAAAUGCCAAAAAGUGCUGUAAAAAAGAUUAAUGACUGGUCAUCUGACGCUACAAACGGAGUAAUAAAGAGUAUGCUCGAGGAAGACGGGGUGAACAACGAUACCGCAUUGCUCAUUAUCAACGCUCUUUAUUUUCGCGGAAACUGGGAUUACGAAUUCGAUGAAGGGCGGACUAAGCGAAGGCCGUUCUACGUUUCCAAAGAUAAAGCAGUCGAAACAUCGUUCAUGUUUCAGAACGAACAUUUCAAAUACGCGUACAUCAACGAACUUACAUUACAAGUCCUUGAGAUGGAUUAUGCGGGAACGGAUUACAGCAUGGUCCUCCUUAUGCCCGAAAACUUUGACCUUGCUAAGGUUGAAGCCAACUUGAACCACGCCAACCUUACAAAGUGGUUGUCCGCCCUCGAACACGAAUCUGUUGAUCUCACUAUCCCGAAGUUUAAACUGGAAGAGACGCUGCAGUUGCAAGAGGUUCUUCCGAAGAUGGGUGUGACCGAUCUGUUUGACCGACAAGCGUGUGAUCUGACCGGAAUUGCGAAUAGAAAUAAUCUCUUCGUGGACCAGAUUGUGCACAAAACUGUACUAGACGUGAACGAGCAAGGCAGCGAAGCAGCUGCCACGACCAGUGUUCGAACCCAGUGCGACUCCGUUGCAUUUAAUCCGAUAUCCUUUGUGGCCGACCACCCUUUUCUGUGGGCGAUCCGGCACCGGCAGAGCGAGCUGCUUAUUUUCAUGGGACGCUUCUCACGACCGGAAGGCCCGUUGCUCGGCCAUGAUGAAUUUUAACAAUAUGUUCUAUUAUAACCUUAUAUUCUAUUAUAAUUUAUAUCCAUUUGCAAUGUUAUGUAGUUGUCACAAUGCAAAAGUGCAGCAUUCGUUUUUAGUUCAUGUAAUCGGUGUUUCGUUAUACACUGGUACACAAAUAGUAGAAAACAAUUUGGGACAAUAUAAUAUUUGAGCAUACUGACAUA